GACGUUUUUGAAGCAGGAUAAUGGCGGGAAACCUGGUUAAGUGGUGGAAACACAAAUUUCUUGGUGGAUAUAAACAAUUCUCAGUACAAGAAUGUGCAACAGAUUCGGAAGAAUUAAUCUACAACCAAGUGCGCGCUUCGUCUUCAUGCAGUGCACCACCGGAUUUGUUGCUUGUCAGUGAUCGUGAGAACAAUCUGUCAUUACGAUCGGGGACGGCUUCAAAAAUUAAUCCACCAACUACGGCGACUUCGCCGCUGGUGUGCAUUAGUAGUUGUCCAUUAAGUAAUAAUAAUCAAGGCGAUACUCUACAUCAGCCGGCGCUGAAACAUGCCUCCAUACCACAUGUCAGCACUUGCAAGGAUACAAGCGCUAAGCACUUACAAAAAUCCAGUGGACAUCGUCACAUACCAAUUGUACGGUGUGAGCCCCAUAUCUCUGGAGAGGCACCGACAGAAUCUCAACAGAUUCAUUCUUCAACGCGUUUGGCAGAAAGCACACAGCACCAACGGACUGGGGAGCACAUACGGCUAGAGGAAUUCACGUGUGAUGUUUCUGUCGAGGGUGGUAAGGCGUCACAACCCUUGCAGUUUUCUUUUACAUUUUAUGACUUGGACGGCCACCAUGGAAAAAUAACUAAGGACGACAUUGUGGGUAUUGUUUAUACCAUAUACGAAUCCAUUGGCAAAUCGGUUGUUGUGCCACACAGUGGUAGCAAAACAAUAAAUGUUCGCUUGACAGUAUCGCCCGAAGAUAAAACCUCGAAAUCAUCGGCGACAAAGAAGGUUGUUCCACCAAAUUCGUGUGCGUUAGAACAGAAAAACAAUCCUUCGAAUAAAGUUUCUAGUAACGCCUUGGGAAGGCGAUCACAUCGUUACAGGCCACGUAAGCUUAUUAAGUCCGAUGAAGAAGACGACGAAAGUGCCAGCGACAGGGAACGCGAAACAGAUGGAACUGUAAAUCCUGCUGUCCAACCCUUGACGUCAUCGUCACGGAACAACAGACUAGACAAAAUCAAGACAACUCAGCCAUUUUGUCUGGCACAGACACAAGUUCAGUCAAACGGCGAUUUGAAUAUUUCGGAAAAUAUGUAUAACCAUGUAAAGAAUGGUGGUAAUGGGGCAUGUCGACAGUGCCUGACAGUGGUUGAAGAAAAUAUUAGUGCAACUGUAUCACCUGCAUGUGAUCAUAACCUAUCAAAUACAAGUAAGCAUGUUUCGAAUGAGGCCUUAAUGAAACAAGCGGCCUUGACACGCAUAAAAUUGCUAAGGAAAUCGAGAAAGCAAAAGCCGCUUCAAGACUGCAACCAAAUUCGUCAGCGUAGCUUAUCUGUUGGAAAUGAGACAUGCUGGAAUAGACGCCAUUUGCAAAAAUCACAGAACCCAAAUCAGUUGGCUUGGGUUGACCAACAGCUAAACAACACUGACCUCUUGGAUAGUGUUCAGUUGCAUAACACCUUCCAGGCCGAGAAUACAUCUGUUUCUCAGAUGCGAAGCUCAGCAGAGUGUUGGAAAACGCCUUUGAACCGUAACGAUCUGAUAAGCAUAAUUAGGGAAAGCAUGGAAAAAAACCGAUUGUGUUUUCAACUGAAUGGAAAACUCCAGGCGAACGUAAGCCCUAUCAGGCAGCCAACUCCCCAACAACAGUCUGGAUACAAGAACAAAAACGCCCCAAGUCAGUCACGGACAAAAACAAAGAUUCCUAUGUUGAUUUCGAACCACAGCAACCGCUCGAUGCAGUUCAGUAAUAACAAUGAUUCGUCUGUGACGACUGAACAUAGCAUUCCCCAUAACCAAUUGCACAUUCCUAUGUUCCACCAGCCAAUGGCUCCGAAUGCGACUCAAUCAAAAUGUGCACAAAACGGCACGCCGGCAUCAAAUGUAAGAAUACCCGCCCAGCAUGGUAAGAUGAAUCUCUGUGGAUACGACUCCUUCCUACAUGCCACAAUUUGCGGUGGCACUGCCCUAAAUCAAACUUCACCGCCGCAUAUCAAACCAUUCAACGAAGCUAACAAUACUCACCCCAGUCACAAUUCUCAAAUUGCAACUAUAGCAGCAUCCGCCGUACCGUCUAUAGCAGUUAAUCCUAACCUCGAGUCCAAAUAUAAAAUGCCCAAAAGUCCCCGAAAUUUGUCACUUCCGCAUGGAAAUCAUGCAAAUACUACCGGUCUUUCAACAUCCCACAAUUCACCCCAAUACCAUGGAUAUCAACGUUUAUCAUCCGGGAGUAAAUAUGGUAUUUCUCCAAUGAAUUUAUUACUUGAUGAUGCCACGGACAAGGUUAAUAAUCCACAUCCAGGAAAGUUGAGGUCAAGUCAAAUGCAGAAUUACGAACUGUACGCCAAAUUAACAGAAAAAUUACAGCAGACCAGUUUGGCAACCUGCAACAAAGAAAAUAUCCAUCGCCGAAAUAAGCAUCGAUUGCAACGUCAAAGGCGAUCGAUCGAACCAAUGCCUCAUGGAAAUAAAGCAUGUGACUUGGCGUUGGCGACAUCAAGCAAAACUGAAGGGUAUGUUUCUCUAAUACCCUUUUGUGAAGAUCCGGUCGAAUUUCAGAAUCUAAUAGCUCAAACGAGCGAAGAUGAGUGUCAUUCCCAGCCAGAAAAUAUCGAAAGCAAAACCGGCGACAUUCAAAAAGCGACCGCUGCAGUACACGUGGCCGAAGGAACUUUGGUCGAUCUCGAUCUGGAGGAGGGGAAUGAUCUGACUGCUACUGGCAAUCAACAUUGCAUUGGCAACAUAAAACUAGCACCGCCGAGUAUCGACACAAAGAGCAACGAAGGUCACGUUGAAGAUGACGUUGAAAUAGAUGACGAAUUGGAUGAAGACUUGGCGGACCUCGAAGGAAUUCCAAUAUCCGAGAGCGGACGCAAUAGUUCAAUAAGCAAUGAUGCGAAUGAUACAGUUGCUAAUACCAGUGCAACAUCAUCCCUCAUUCACAGAUAUGUUCACGAACAUAUACAUCAUCAUUAUCAUCAUUUCGAGGAAAAAGAUGAAUAG